CUCACUGAAGCGGACAGCAAAACACGAUGACGAUCUCGAAAGCGUGGUCGGGUUGAUCGUAGAAAGAUGGUUGUACAGAAGUUUCUGGAAUUUGUGUUGUUAAAAGAGCAAGUCGAUCCAAAAUUUGCGUCAGUCGAAAAGAGUGUAAAUUAUUUGUUUGGCGUACAGCUGACUCGAGAGGAAGAGGAUAGCGAAAGAUGUUGGGUGAAAGUCGAAGGCAGCGAACAUGAUAUUAGGCGCGCCAAGGAUUACAUCUUAGAGGUUUGUUCACGGACUUUCAGCUCCCUUGAAGAAGCAGAGAUUGUUUGGAAGGAAAAUAACAUUACCUCGACCCCAGUUGACAGCAGUUCGACCAAACAAAACACAUCUGUGGUCGAAGUCAAUAACAACGACUGUCAUAAAGACGAAAAAGAGUUGGCUCAGAAAUCCACUGACAAGUUAUUAGACUCUAACGAAAUAAAUCAGGUCAAUCGGAGUGAAAACGCCGAAAAUUAUUUUUCGUCGGGAAAAGUAUCCGAAAAGGAAUGCGCUGAAACAGCAGAACAGACUUCGCCGUCCGUCGAUACAGAAUUUGCUUCUCGAAGUGCAUUUGAAAUGGUUGUGAAUCGAACUGAAGCUAAAAAACCCAGCGUUAUCGUCGAGAAAGGUAAAGGCGACGAAAAAGGCUGCGAUUCUUCGGUUAGUGACGAAUCGCUAAGAGACUUCGCGAAGAAACUCGGUUACAAUGAAGACACGAUCACAACUGGGCUGAGCAAGCUUGGACCUUCAGCGGACACCAAUUCACUGUUGUCAGAACUCGUGAAAGCUCAAUCUUCAGUGAAACAGUUGGAAGAGGGAUCGUCGACCUUCAACUACGAAAAACCAGUUCCUGUCCCUGAAGACUCGAGCUACCUGAGACCAAUCGUCAUCGAUGGAAGUAAUGUUGCUAUGAGUCAUGGGAAUCAGAAAGUAUUCUCCUGUAGGGGAAUUGGCCUUGUGGUGGACUGGUUUCUUGCAAGAAAUCACCUCAACAUAAAAGUUUUUGUCCCUAUGUGGCGUAAAAAUGCACCACGCCCUGACUCGCCAAUUACCAAUCAAGAGGUUCUGAAAAGGCUUGAAGAGGACUGCAUUCUUGUGUGGACCCCAAGCAGAACAGCUGCCAAUGGGAAAAUCAUCAAAUGUUAUGAUGACCGCUACAUCAUCAAGCAUGCUGCCGACAACGAUGGUGUUAUUGUUUCAAAUGACAACUUCCGCGAUUUGAUGGCAGAGAAUCAUGAGUGGAAGAAAGUUAUCGAACAGCGUCUUUUGAUGUACUCAUUUGUCGAUGACAAAUUCAUGCCACCAGAUGACCCUAGUGGGAGGCAUGGUCCUACCUUGGAUGAGUUCCUCAAAAAGGGACAUGGAAAAUUGUGUCCAUAUCAGCGCAACUGCACAUAUGGAAAGCGCUGCAGAUUUCUUCACCCUGACAGAAACCAAGUGAGGGAACCAAACUGUGUACCAGCUAACACAGCACAUUUACCACCAGAAGUCCCCUAUGGACAAGUUUCAAGGUUACCUAAACCACUGCCCCCAUGCCCUCCAAGGCCACUCCCAGCCACACCAACUGAAUUUCACCAAAAGCCUCUGCCAUUACCACCACAUAGUGAAUUCCCUGCAGAAAUGGCAAGGGUGUUUCCACCAACCUUGCGGACAGGCCAGGUUGUGGGAAUUGGAGAGCGCAGAUCCGACCCUUUGCCACGUCAAAAACAACUCCCUCCUGAUGUGCAAGCAAUGCAAGACCGGUUUCAGAGAACUCACAGCAUUGGAAGUGUUCAAGACCAAGCUUGCGGUGGGGCUCCAGUUGGCCCUGUUAGUCCAAUGUUGCGACGUGGCAGUCUACCCCAUGCCUGUCAUCCUCAGCAGUACUCAUCCCUAACAGGACACCCUGAUAUAAUGGUGCGUGGGUCUAUGACACUGCCCCGAAUGCAAAAUGAAAAGAGUGUGGUUGGGGGUGAUUGGAUGAUACAAGAGCAGAUGUUUGGAGGGAGCCCAUACCAUUAUAGACCCCAGUACCAUUCCAACCCACCUGUCAGUAGUCCAUCACCUUACAAAGGCCACCCACCAGCAAGCCUUCCACCGAACCACUGGAAUCUUCCACCUUUCUCUCAGGCACACCAUCAAUAUCCUCCUGCACAACAGUAUCAUCAUUACGGACCAGCUCCACCUUACGGUUAUAGUCGCACUCCAUAUGGACAGAACAACAGCUACAUGUACCGCUCACGAGCCCCUCCAAUAAUUGGUGGAAUCUCUGGUGAUGUGACAGAUAAUCCUGAAGAGGGUGAUAACUCAUCAUCACAUGAGGAUCUUAGAAUCAAGGCCUAUGAAAAGCUUUCUGAAAUAUUCCCUGAUGAGGUUGAGAAAGUUCUCAAGAUCCUUGAUAAGUAUUCUGAUGAAACUAGUAUUGAUAUAUUGACCCAGCACAUGUUGGAUGAUGUAGAUGAGUGAGGAAAAAAAUUAACCAGUGUUACAGAUCAUAAUUUUUAUGAAAAAAAAAAAGCUAAGGAACUGUCCAAAAAAUUUGUGCAGAACAACUUAACUUCAGUACAGAACACGUUUUUUAUUAUGCUUGAUAUCAUCAAGUUGAAAGUAUAACUGGUACAUUCGAUGGUGUGGUACAUGUAUAUUUAGUGUGAGGGUGUAGUAAUUUCUGUUCAUUUAUUGAUAAUUUUUAAGUUUGGAGUUCCAUCAAGUAGACUUUGGACAAGAAAUUUUUAGAAUUUGUAGGGAGUGAUGGUUCCUCAAGUUAUAGGGUUGAGUGGUUACAGCAUGUCAACAUUGCUGAUUGAAUUUGUCUGCUUAUUUUUGUGUGUUCUUCACACUCACCUACUUAAGUUUGGAUCUUGAAUUCAUUAAAAAAUUUAUGUUAAUAUUGGAAAAUUUAAGCCAUGCUUCCAGUAGGCAACUUGGAGAAAACCUUCUCUUGGUAUCUUAGGGUAGUCUAAUUUCAGCGAUUUAUUGUUUUAAACAACAAAGGUGGCAUUUACAGAGAUUUCAUCUGUAUACUUCUGGGAAUGGUCAGAGGAUAUUUGUAAAAAGGUUUUCUUGUCUGUCAUUUUAUAAAUGCCAUUAUUCCUUAAAUUUUUAUGAGGUGUGAUUGAAGUUUUAGCUAAAUAUUCGUGCAGGAUAGCAGUUGAACUGGUAAGUUCAUGCAUUUUGAUGUUGACAUGCUAGUAAUAUUUUUAAACAAGGAAUUUUUCUAUUAGGCCAGGUCUUAAAUACACACUCAUUAAAAUUUUAAUACAAUAAAAAUAACUUAAGUUGGAAAUGGUUAGUGGAAGGAACAUUGAUCAGAGAAUGCCUGAGAAAUAAUGAUCCAUGGUCAAUUGAGAAAAACGUUUUUUGUAUGGUUUUUAGUGCCGUUAAUCAACAUAUGAAGUAAUCCAGUUAUCUUAUAAAUAGGAUGCCAAGGCUUUAUAAUCUAUUUACAGUCAAUAUUUUAUACUGGGAAAAUAAUGGAAGGGGCUUUACAGGCAGAACAUAUUGAUCAAAUUUUUGGGUCAGAACACGGUUUCUUGCUAGCCAAGAGAUCCUUGCUGGUCGAGCAGUUUUGUAGCACUCAUUCUUAAAUGGAAAUAUCUAUUUUCUAUGCAUGCAGUUGCCGUCAUCCUUGGCAGCACCUUAACCCUUUAACUCCUGUGAGUGACCAAGACAAAAUUUAUUCUUACUAUAUCUAGACAAUGUUAUGCCAACAAGUGAUGAGAAUAAAGUAAAAUAUCAUUUAUGGGAUUACAACUUGAUCUGAUACCUAAUUCUCCAAAUUGACAUCAUAAGAAUUGUAUGGAAGACAGAAAGAGAAUUACUGAUGAGAUCUUAGGAGUUAAAGGGUUAAGGGAGCUAUGUCAAUUGUGCAUCAAUGUGAUGUCUGUAAUCUGAGUUAAUCUUUUCAAUCUUGUACCUACCAUCCAUGCAAUGUUUGAUGUUUUUCACCCCAGACAUGUCAUUUUAUUUUUAUGAUCUACCAUGCUGGAGUUUGAAAAAAAAAAUUGCUUAAAAUAUUGAUGUAGCUUCCUUGAUCAGUAAUUAAUCUCAAAGAGUGGUGAAGUGGUAUGUAGUCAAGGUUAAGUUGACUUAAAAUUAUAAUUUGGCAUGCUACUUUGUUCUGAUGGAGUGGAAUUUGAAUGCAAGAAAGUUUUGUUAAUGUAUUUAAGGUGUUACUGGUCAUGUACAGGUUUUCAUCAGCUUUUCUCUGAUGUUCAGCUUUUUGUAAUAUUUGCAAUGUGAAGUGAUUUUGAUAUCAUUUUUGUAGGUAUGUUAGUAUAUUCCAGAGCUUAUUGUUUGACUUCAUGUUAUUUAAACCCUUAAUAUUGCUGAGGCAAUUAUAUACACUUGUUAACUUUUUUUCUCAUGAAAGUGGAUUAUCAAAAAUCUUAAAAUAUGAGGCAAUUUCCUCAACACUUAGUGGUGAAUAUUUAAAAUGUACCCUCUGGUGAGGAUAUGGUCACAAACUGGAACUCAAAGAAAAUUUUCUUAUCUGUGCCACUGGAGAGAAUACUAUCAUAAAAACAAUUUAUUCUAAUUUUUGCAAAUUUUAAGAGGCCGUUACAAUUUAACACUUCCAUUUAAGAAAAUAUUUGACGUGAGGUCAAACAAUAAGUUCACAUCGGGAAUGCUCUUUGUGAGAGUGUAAGAAAUUAGUUUACAUUGGAACGACAACAACAUUGUGGAAUUUAACUCCACUUGGUGAAGUUCUAUAUAAGUAGCUGGCUGAUGCUUAACAUCAACCACAUAUUAUACUGAGAAGAAAACAAUUGUCAAUUUUUUUAAAUGACAUUAAAAUUUGUUAAAACAGA